UCUGUCUCCUUCCCUUCCCUUUGCUCGCUCUUAUCUCCAUCCAGCCCGUGCCCACUUCAAACCCACCGCAGCUUGCUGUGUUUUUCUUUUCCAUUUUCGAAGUUCUAGCGAUCCUUAUUGUGAUUUAAUCCUUUCUCACCAUGUGGAUCAUUAACUGGUUCUACGAUCUUCUGGCCUCCCUUGGCCUGCUCAACAAGCACGCCAAGCUGCUCUUCCUCGGUCUCGAUAAUGCCGGAAAGACUACCCUCUUGCACAUGUUGAAGAAUGACCGCGUCGCUAUUCUUCAGCCUACCGCCCACCCUACGUCGGAGGAGCUCGCUAUCGGUAACAACCGCUUCACGACCUUCGAUUUGGGUGGUCACCAGCAGGCUCGCCGUCUCUGGAAGGAUUACUUCCCCGAAGUCAGCGGUAUCGUUUUCCUGGUCGACGCCAAGGACCACGAGCGGUUCCCCGAGUCCAAGGCCGAGUUGGACGCCCUCCUGGCCAUGGAGGAUCUGGCCAAGGUUCCCUUCCUGAUCCUGGGCAACAAGAUCGAUCACCCCGAUGCCGUGAGCGAGGAUGAGCUGAGACACCAGUUGGGUCUGUACCAGACCACUGGUAAGGGCAAGGUUCCUCUCGAGGGAAUCCGGCCCAUCGAGGUGUUCAUGUGCAGUGUUGUGAUGAGACAGGGUUACGGCGAGGGUAUCAGAUGGCUGUCUCAGUACGUCUAGAAUGACGUUUCCGUCCUCGCUUGUCGAUCGCCUCACUUCUGUACCGAUAUACACCAUCCACCCACCCUACCUUAUCCUACCUGUCCUCAUACCGCUUUCAAUCUAUACCAAUAUUUACACCUGCCAAACAUACAUUCCCCACCUUCCUCCAAGUCCCUCUCAAAUAUCUGGGGUGCCCAAAUGUCAUCCAUUGCUAGUCUGAGUCACACUCAUCCUCAACUCAAUCUCCGUCCUCUUCAGUCACGCAGUUAGUCGGCCAGCUUGACCCCUGUACGGAGCAAACAAUAUCAGCUACUUAGCCGAACGACAUGCUAGGUCCUGUGCUGUUGCUGGUCCUGUCUCAUUGUACCGCUCUCAAACAAUGCCAUUAGCUCUAGUUCUAAACUCGUGUUUCGUUGUGUCGCUAUAUCACGUCCUGUUUGAAUGCCAC